AUGGGGAAAUGGUGUUGGGGUCUCUCUCUUCCUGACUCGGUUGAACUAGAAAUACCUGCAGGAAAAGGAGCGCUGCUAACGCUUGGUGAAAGAGUGCUUUGUUUUCAUGGACCUCUCCUUUAUGAAGCAAAGUGUGUGAAGGUUGCCAUAAAGGACAAGCAAGUGAAAUACUUUAUCCAUUACAGUGGUUGGAAUAAAAACUGGGAUGAAUGGGUUCCAGAAAGCAGAGUGCUCAAAUACGUGGAUACCAAUCUGCAGAAACAAAAAGAACUUCAAAAGGCCAAUCAGGAACAAUAUGCAGAGGGGAAGAUGAGAGGCGCUGCUCCAGGCAAGAAGACUUCUGGUCUGCAGCAGAAAAAUGUUGAAGUAUUUUUCAGACGAGAUGGAGCGCAUACUGUUUGCUGUUUGGAGACCCCUACCAUAUCGACGCGGAAAACAAAAAAGAACAAACAGAAGACUCCAGGCAUUGGAGAAGGCAGCAGCACCAGUGAGACACCUCAGCCUCCCAGGAAGAAGAGGGCUCGAGUAGAUCCAACGGUUGAGAGCGAAGAAACAUUUAUGAACAGAGUUGAAGUAAAGGUGAAAAUCCCAGAAGAGCUGAAGCCAUGGCUGGUAGAUGACUGGGACUUGAUCACCAGGCAAAAGCAGCUCUUCUACCUUCCUGCCAAGAAGAACGUCGACUCCAUUUUAGAGGAUUAUGCGAACUACAAAAAAUCACGAGGAAAUACUGAUAACAAGGAGUACGCAGUCAAUGAAGUUGUGGCUGGAAUUAAAGAGUACUUCAAUGUCAUGCUGGGAACUCAGCUCCUCUACAAGUUUGAGAGGCCCCAAUAUGCUGAAAUUUUAGCAGAUCACCCAGAUGCUCCAAUGUCUCAAGUCUAUGGUGCCCCACACCUACUGCGGUUAUUUGUGCGAAUUGGAGCUAUGCUUGCUUACACUCCUCUUGACGAGAAGAGCCUGGCUUUGCUGUUAAACUAUUUGCAUGACUUCUUAAAGUAA